AUGUCAAACGGAGGCGCAGGUCUUGACGGACUGAUGACAGCCGAAAGGGACGAGUUGAUGGAACGAGUCGCUUACCUCGAGAAGCAGACAACGGACCAGGCAGAGGAGCUCACGUGCCUAAAGAGUGCCCUCGCUGACUGCCUCCGCCGGGUGCAGGUGCUUGAAACCUCUCGAGCUGGCAAGAUGCCCUCCGGGCCAACGCCCUAUCCCACGGGCAGGCAGACAAGACACAUGCCCCGGCUGCCCGCGGCCUCGACGAUGUCCAGUGCGUCCAAACGUCCACCCUCUCAGGUCUCCCUCAGAACCACGACCAACGUCGGCCUUCCAUCGCCCUCCUCCGCUGCUGCACCUGGUCUGAAGGUCGGAGGGUCUUCGGGCUCAGGAACUCUGGCUCGACCCCCGACCAGCUCGUCGAAAUCUGGACCACGAAAGCGUGCCUCCACGCUAAACUCAGUUAAUUGGGAUCUUGAUUCCGAAGAUCCGUCGGAACCGUCCACUUGGAUUACCGUGUACGGCCUUCCUGGCACUCCACACGUCGUUCACCAGAGGACCACAUUUCCUCGUCGAAACGUCACCAUGGCUGCAACCCGCCACACCCCCCAGAGCCUUCGAUCGAGGCGCAAAUCCGCGCCAAUUUGGCGUCCGGCGGGGGCAGUCCAGCACGAUGCCCCUAGCUCACCCGUGAUUUCACCAAGGCCUCUGUCUUGUUUUUCACUCACUCUUUCCCACCUAAUCGAUUGGCAAGUGGGCUGGGUUUGUGGGGUUGGUGUUCAAUCGAUCGAGUCGUUUUUACCCCCACCUCACCACUCCCUCCUCUUCCUCUCUUUCAGAUCUCGCGAACCCACCUACUUGAGAGAUGAAGGCCUUCUCAGGACGUAUCUGCGUGGCCGAUGCCUCAAUUUCUACGCUCCAACUGAUGUUGCCAGCGAUUACGACUUUUCCGCGGUUCUCGACGUACCCGAAGAACAGCUGAAACUCGAAUGGGUAUACGGUUACCGUGGCAGAGACUGUCGUAACAACGUCUACCUCCUGCCAACCGGCGAAGUGAUCUACUUUGUGGCUGCGGUUGUGGUCCUCUACAACAUCGAGCAGCAUAGUCAGCGUCAUUACCUCGGGCACAACGACGACAUCAAAUGGGACCACGUAAUUGUGACACGAGAAAUGCAGCAAAAUCACGAUAUGUCCCCUUUGGUCGGUGGUAAUUUCGCCCUAGUUUAUGUCCAGGCGGUCAACGUUCCAAAGGGUGUGCCCGACGCAAGAAUGAUUCAUUCCCAACGGACUAGCAUCGCUGUCCACCCCGACAAGAUAACAAUCGCCAGUGGCCAGACGGCCGGACACGCGAAAGCGGAAGGAAGACCCCACGUGCGGAUCUGGAAUUCUGUGAGCCUGGAGACCCUCCAGGUCCUCGGAUUAGGCGUCUUCGAGAACUCCGUCGCUUGUCUCAGCUUCUCAAAAACGGACGGUGGUGCGAUCUUGGCUGUCAUCGACGAAGCUAAUGACCACACCAUCUCGCUUUGGGAAUGGCAGAAAACGCGUCGUCUAACUGAAACCAAGACCUCCUCAGAUCCCGUGAUCGCCGUGGACUUCAGCCCCCUCGACGCAAACUCACUCGUCUCCAUCGGAAAGAAUCACCUCGCGUUCUGGAACUUCGACGGCUCCUUGCUUAACAAGAAACAGGGCGUUUUCGAUAAAUACGAAAAACCCAAAUUCGUUCUUACGAUGGUCUUUGCGGAGAAUGGCGAUUUGAUAACUGGGGACUCAAACGGCACGAUUUUCGUUUGGCCGCGAGGCACCAACAAGAUCGCCCAGGCGGUGGUUGGUGUCCACUCUGGCGGGAUAUUUGCUCUCGCGUUCUCGAAGGACGGCCACCUCAUCUCCGGCGGCGGCAAGGACUGCCGCAUCGUCCAGCUCGACGCCGACUACAACCCGACGGGCGUGUCUGUUGAGCUGAACGCCUGGUACGGACCUGUUCGCACCCUCAUCGCUGGCCCCGGCAACAUGCUAAUCGUCGGCACCACGCAGGGCGACAUUCUCCAGUGUCAUGUGCUUGUGAUCAACUACAGACGCCUUCGCCUGCUGGUGAUUUUGUUAAUUCGUCUGUCAUUUCGUCUUGUGGAACAGGGCAACCUCGAGACGGAAUUCAGUCCGCUGGUGCAGGGCCACUCGGACGAGUUCUGGGCGCUGGCGGCGCAUCCUCAGACCCACCACUUCCUGACCAGCGGCCGAGACGGAAACGUCUUCCUGUGGGACUCCCUGACGAAGCGUCUGGUCUGGGCGGAGAACCUCUCCGAGGAGGUCGUAUGCGCCUGCUUCUACCCCGCGAUCGCGGCGGUGGGCGUCAGCGAGCCGAACUCGACCCCCGAGGACCCAGUGACGAACGGCGGCCUGCCGGACACGGUUCCCGUGCUUGCUGUUGGCACAUCCUCCGGUCGGUGGAUUGUUCUCGACGCCGUCCUUCACCAGGUCAUUGCUGCUCACCACGAGAGCGCAGAGGCGAUCCAAUGCAUCGCCUACUCACCCAAAAUGAACCCGCAUUCCAUUCUUCACAACCACUACCGACUGCCAGAGAGAUGA